AUGCAAAAGAAACAUUGUUACUGCGCUAUCUGCGGCGUACCAUGCGGUCGAGUGAUCGAUGAGAUCUCGGAUGAUGAAUACUCCUAUUGUCCUGACAUUCUCAAACUUGAUGACAUCUACUGGAUGUCCGAUGUCAAGCUUUUGACUGUGAACCGGAAGACUGGAAGGACCGCCACUUGCAAUGAACCCGAGCACGAGGGAGGACGGAAUUUUGGCCAUUGGAGCGAAUCACGCGUCCUGACGCACCCUGAUAACUUUGGAAGAGGCGUUAUUAAAGUAUAUCGAAUUACAAAGGAUAGACCACCCGUCAUUCCUCUGCAUCUUUCUUGCCUAAAGCUUCUUCAAAAAGCAUCAAAAGACAAAAUCAAACUCAACCUUCUCCAUGCAGCCCUCUCAAGGCGAUGUGUAAAGAUAUAUGGCAUGGAUCCCCUUGCUCUGAAUUAUGACUACGGUCAGGCCAAGAGAUUUCAAACAGCCGGGAACUGGCGCGUGGAGAAAUUCUCAGAGUCCAUAGUCAUGGAUCCUAUCGAGGUCGAUGGGACCAUAGUCAAUGGGAUGCUAGAUGAGGCUACCAGAGAUCCGUCUACUGAACCAUCACCAGAAGACGAAUAUUGGAAGAGCAAUCUAUACGGUAAUCAUGGGUGGUUCACCAUGUUCCUCCCCUCUGAAACACAGCUCAAGAAGCGUUCUAUCAACUGGCGCACUCUGCACUUUCUUAUUCAGGAUCUUGGCAACGACAAAGGUCGACAUGAUUCUACCAGGACUCGCCUCCAGUUUCGCAACAGAGCGCGUGUUUGGCUGAGUCUGAUGGAAAAAGAGCGACUGAUCAGUUCCUCCACAGUCCAGAGCAAGAUCAGUCAGUUUUUUGUUCGUCCUCACUAG